AUGGAUGUUUUAGAUGUGAUCGUACUCAACAUCAAAUCGAAGAGUGUCCUAUCAACAAAGAACAGACCAGGCCAAGAACUCAAAGAAGUAUAUCCCCUUACCGAAAGAGAUGCUGAAGCCUCCCAAAAUGUGAUCCAAGUUAUGCUCACUAUCUUUAGCACCUUGGCUAAGGCUCAACGAUUACUUGAGAAGGGAUGUGUAUGGUAUUUGGCUUACGUAGUGAAGGAAUUUUCUGAUGUUUUCCCAGACGAUCUUCCAAGUUCACCUACAGAUGAGGAGAUCGAGUUCUUCAUUGACUUAAUUCCUCGUACAAGCCCUAUAUCUAAGGCUCCGUAUCAAAUGAUGAAAGCCAAAUUAGAGGAACUUAAGAAACAGUUGCAGGAAUUAUUGGAUAAGAGUUGCAUCAGACCAAGUGUAUCACCAUAG